AUGACGCUUACAAUCAUCGCCAUAAACAGGUAUGUUUACAUCUCGAAAUCAGUUACGACAUACUCCAUGUUCUUCAACAGUCGGAAAAACUCGAUCUUGAUCGCAUAUUUAUGGAUCGCAUCAUUGGUCAUUGGAAGUCUGCCUAUGAUGGGUGUCGGCAAAGCUGGUUACAACAUCGCCCUACAGGGUUGCCACCUAGUACACGGUGAUAAUGACACAUGGUUAUACAUGGUCGUCCUCAUUGGAACCGUCUUUAUGUCUAUUAUGUUAGCUUCGAUCAGUUAUUUCCUCACGUUCCGCCGUGUUAAAGAAAGUCACACGAGGAUUGAGGCAUCUAUGGACAUCGAUAAUGCAGGCGAUGAGCGGAGACGAUUUAAAGCCAGAAAAAGGCGUGACGAAGAAUUGAGGUUAUUGAAACAGCUUUGUAUAGUAUUUGGCAUAUUUUGUAUAUCGUGGCUUCCUUUCUCCAUCGUUUACAUCGCAGACCAGUAUAGCACGUUACCGUAUAGCCUCCACUUCGCCGUUACCACUGUCGCGUGGAGCAACUCGUCUCUGAACCCAUUCUUAUAUGCGUGGAUGAACAAGCGGUUUAGAAGAGCCUAUGGAAAUAUUCUGAUUUUUUGGAGACGCUCGAAUGAUGAGAACACCAUUAUAACGGUCACAGAGGCAACCCUGUGA